GAGUGUACAUGAAACAGAUAAGAAGCAAGUGAUAAUGCAAGCGUUUUUGGUGCGAAAUUGUCUUACGAAGCGCUCGCUCGUACCUGCACUACCGUCUUUCCGACCGGACGGUUCGGAUGCUGGAACAUGGACUCCGUCCAUAGCACGUACGGUUAGCAGCAGCGACUAUGCGCCUAUCAACAGCAACUACGGAAACUGUUCUUGCUGGAGUGGCUUUGCAACACCAAUACUACCAAGUGCGGCAUCAAAUCAUCCCGACAGCUUCCGAAGGUGCAGCCUCCCGACGCCAUUGCUCCAGAUUAGUCUUCGAUCGACCAACAUCAGCAGCGCUAGUAUUCGGUGGUUUUCGAGGACAAGCACUAUCAGCAGGAAAAUGCUAUCAAAGCUUACAGAAGCGCAACGGACGGAGCAGCUGAAGCCGCUGUUCGACAAUGGUUGGACCAUGGUCAAGGACCGCGACGCGAUCUACAAGGAGUACCUGUUUGCUGACUUCAACGAGGCGUUCGGCUUCAUGACACGUGUUGCGCUCAAGGCCGAUGUGAUGAACCACCAUCCGGAAUGGUUCAAUGUGUACAACAAGGUGCAAGUAACGUUGGCCACGCACGAUUGUGGCGGAUUGAGCGAACGGGAUGUAAAGUUGGCCCAGUUUCUCGAUACACUGGUCAAAUCCGGCAAGUAGCGCGCAAGGAUGGGGAAGCUGAACAAGAUCUGAGGGCAGCUACAAGUAUGGGUCGUAGAUGUAAAUCAAGAACGCAAUAAACUCAACGUACGUUUGCUUCGACCGUA